CCAUCAUCCACUUAGCUCCUCCAUCACUUCUUGUCCUCCACUUUGGAUAAAAGGACUUGAUAGCCAUGAAGGUCCUCAUCCUUGCCUGCCUGGUGGCCCUUGCUCUUGGUAGGGAGAAUGUAGAAUUCAGUGUAUCCAGUGAGGCUGUAGAAAGCCUUUCAAGCAGUGAGGAAUCUAUUACACACAUCAACAAGCAGAAACCUGAGAAGUCUGAACAAGAGAAACAGCAGCAAAGAGAGGAUGAACGCCAGGAUAAAGCUCAGCCCUUUGUUCAGCCACAGCCUCUAGUCUAUCCUUAUGCUGAGCCCAUCCCUUACGCUAUCCUUCCACAAAAUGUCCUGCCUCUUGCUCAGCCUGCUGUGAUGCUGCCUUUCCUUCAGCCUGAAAUGAUGGAAGUCCCCAAAGCUAAGGAGGCCAUCUUUCCUAAGCGCAAAGUGAUGCCAUUUUUUGAACGUCAAAUCCCAAAUCUCACUGAUCUCAAAAAUCCACACCUCCCUUUUCCUCUGCUCCAGCCCGUGAUGCACCAGGUCCCCCAGUCUCUUCUUCAGACUUCCAUGAUUCCUCCUCAGGCCCUGCUCUCCCUUCCUCAGCCCAAAGUCCUGCCUCUUCCCCAGCAAAUGAUGGCCUACCCUCAGAGAGAUAUAUCCAUCCAAGCCCUUCUGUACCAAGAGCCUCUGCUUGACCCUGUCCGCCAGUUCUAUCCUGUGACUCAGCCACUUGCCCCAGUUUACAACUUACAACAAGUAAGUCCAAAUUUACUAACUCUGCUGCUUCAUUCAUGA